UUCGACGGGGGCAGAAUUUGUUGCAACACCCAGCCGUUGGAAUCGCAUCUCGCAUGAAUGGAAAGAUAUUAGCUGUAAAAGCCUGGACUUAGGAAUGGAAACUGGACUCAGAGCCUUCCAAGUUGACAUUUUUUAGUCGGUAUCCGUCGAUUUAACGUGGGGACGUUGUUCCCUUUAUUCAACUUUAAAGUGUUGUCUGUUUGUGUGUUGAGUGGAAGCUAAGCAGCCGCUAGCCUAAAACUACCAGUCAGGCUAGGUAACGUUAACAUUACCGCUAGCCUGCGAGCUAGUGAGCACUGCUCCGACAACAUAGACCAAAAACAGAGCAAAGAUGGUUGAAAGUAUAUUUGACCUCCCGGUGGAGAAGCAGAUAUUUUAUGCUGUGUUGGGGUUUUCGUGGACGGUGUAUCUAUGGGAGGCAUAUCUUUCUUACAGACAGAGGAGGAUAUACAGAACAACAACACAUGUGCCACAGGAACUCGGGAAGAUCAUGGAUUCUGAAACAUUCGAGAAGUCUCGUCUUUAUCAGCUGGAUAAAAGCAACUUCAGCUUUUGGUCUGGACUCUAUUCUGAGACUGAAGGGACGCUGAUCCUGCUCCUGGGUGGAAUCCCAUUCCUGUGGGGCGUCGCUGGUUCUGUGACAGCUCGCUUCGGAUUUGAUUCAGAGUACGAGAUCACCCAGUCGCUUGCGUUUCUGAUGCUUGCCACGCUGUUCAGCGCCUUCACUGGACUUCCCUGGAGUGUGUACAACACAUUUGUCAUUGAGGAGAAGCAUGGAUUUAACCAGCAGACGUUGGGGUUCUUCCUUAAGGAUGCCGUGAAGAAGUUUAUCGUGACCCAGUGUAUCCUCCUGCCUGUCACCUCGCUGCUCCUGUACAUCAUCAAGAUUGGUGGAGACUACUUUUUCAUCUACGCAUGGCUCUUCACCCUAGCUGUUUCUCUGGUACUGGUAACGAUCUAUGCUGACUACAUCGCUCCCCUGUUUGACAAGUUCACCCCGUUGCCUGAAGGAGAGCUGAAGUCGGACAUUGAGGCCAUGGCUAAGAGUAUAAGCUUCCCCCUCACCAAGGUUUAUGUUGUUGAAGGCUCCAAGCGUUCGUCACACAGCAACGCCUACUUCUAUGGGUUCUUCAAGAACAAACGCAUCGUGCUGUUCGACACUCUGCUGGAGGACUACUCGCCCCUGAACAAGUCUGGAGAGCCGCAGCCCGAGCAGCCAGAGAGCGAUGACACAGCCGGUGAAUCAAAAGCCAAGCCAAAGAACAAGAAACAAGGAUGUAACAACCCAGAGAUCCUUGCAGUCCUGGGUCAUGAGCUUGGCCACUGGAAGCUUGGCCACACUGUCAAGAAUAUCGUCAUCAGUCAGAUGAACUCCUUCCUGUGCUUCUCCCUGUUUGCUGUUCUGAUUGGACGCAAGGAGCUGUUUGUAGCUUUUGGCUUCAAUGACAGCCAGCCCACAUUAAUAGGCUUGAUGAUUAUCUUCCAGUUCAUCUUCUCCCCGUACAAUGAGCUGCUGUCCUUCUGUCUGACGGUCCUGAGUCGCAGGUUUGAGUUCCAAGCAGAUGCUUUUGCACGCGGCAUGGGCAAAGCCUCUGAGCUCUACUCCGCCCUCAUCAAGCUCAACAAGGACAACCUGGGCUUCCCCGUGGCUGACUGGUUGUUCUCCAUGUGGCACUAUUCCCACCCUCCCCUCCUGGAGCGCCUCAGAGCACUGGGCAGCAUCAAGCAGGACUGACGGGGCUGGAGGGGGGAGGCGCGACCGCUGCCUCCUCCGAAGGGCCUCCGCAAACCGCUCCUGGCCCUGUGAUGCACCCUGGCCUUUUUCUACCUGUCCGCCCCCCUUUCAUCUUGUUUUAUUUUCUUUUAGUCAUUCCUCUCCUUGACAUACUUUCUAUUUUUUCCCUUUGAAACUUUGUUUUAAACAGAACCAAAACAUAUCAGCACAAGCCAGCCUAAAAAAGCCUGAACUGAAGUCUCCGCUGUUUCUCUAGAGACACCUAAUGUGCACUUGUAGAGAGCAAUACAUCUGGGCAAUGUGUGUUUAGCAAAAGCUGUUGUCAGAGCACAGAUCACAUUUACAGAUUGACCUCGAGGUAUAGUUUUGAACUUAUUUUAUUUCUGUACAAUCGGAUUAUUUUCCUUUUUUGACUAUAAAGAACAAAAGUAUUAAAACUGUGUGAUUUUGAAACCUGAAUACCGGCUUUACAGUGCUUUUUGCAGAUACACAGGCCAGAAUUUGAUUUGCCUCUCAAGUGCAACUUUUGCUUCUUUAGAAAUGAUCUCCAGGCCAGCUCAAGAGUGAAAACAAUCUAGUCAUCAACUCAAAUUCUCAGUUUUUUGCAAGAGGAGCUAUGUAGAUGCUUUAUCACAGUGACAAAGUGUGAGUGCCUCUAAUUAUCUCUGGUUUUGUUCCCAUAAUGGACACAUGAACAAACCAGUGCAGAAAAUUUCAUUUAAAAUUAGGUUCGAUUUUUUUACACGCACUGGGGGGGAUCUUGUUUUAUUUUUUUCUAAAGCACUUGCUUGUCGGUGAGGUUCCAACCAUACCUGUACAUAUGUAACUUUAAUGAGUAGAGUAAUGGCGUAUGAUGUGAAUUGUGAAAAAAAUGUUGAAUGUGGUUUGAAAUUUUAAGUUGAUGCUGUGUUUCUUAGUUUCUUCUCUUGGUUUUGGGACGGAGUGAGCCCAGAGUUGCCUGGCAAGCAGAGUAUUUAUAGGGGGACUUGGGGAAGGGGGUCUGCAAGGUCCCUUUCACCACAUAAGCCAGUGUUUGGUUUGUUCAGCGAGGGGACUGUGUACUUUCUUUUUGCUGCAUUGAAUAAAAUCCUUCAAAGCAU